CAACAAUUUGCUCUCCUCAAAAGAAAUAAUCAAAAUAUUUGUGCAAGAAAGUGAUAAAUCAAAUUAAAGGAAGAUGAUUUCUUGUGGCAAAGCAGAAAAUCCAAUUCUAUGUGCAACAAGGGGUUGUGGUUUUUAUGGAACCUCAAGCAAUCACAACCUUUGUUCUCAAUGCUACAAAGCUUUUCUCAAGGAAGAAGAAGCCAAGAUUGUAGCGGCUUUAUCUGACAACAUAUCUUCUCUUACUAUUCAUGAUGAUGAUUCUCAAGGUACAACGACUGAGAACGUUAGUUCGACGAUGAAGAUUAAGCAGAGAUGCAUGAUUUGCAAGAAGAAAGUGGGAUUAAUAGGGUUUAGUUGUCGAUGUGAUCAAGGAAUGUUUUGUAGGGUUCAUAGGUAUCCUGAAGAACAUGAAUGCACUUUCAAUUUCAAGUCUACUGGUCGUGUGACUUUGGCUAAGGAAAAUCCUCUAUGCAAAGCUGAUAAACUCGAGACUAGGAUCUAAGGACAUUAUUGUAAUUGUUUGGAUUUUCUUUCAAAUUUUAUCUUAUCUUUGUAGAAUCAAAUUUCAA